UUCGUCGUCGAACAAAAUCGCGGAAACAAAAGAAAUAAUCAGUUUGUCAAAACAAAUAACACCGAGUCGGCAGAAAGUGAGCGCAGUUGUAGCUGACAGCUGUAAAAGUUAACACAGUAGCUUCUCUAACCCCGCCUGAAAGAUCUGCCAUGGCUUUGAAAAGAAUACAGAAGGAGUUAAAUGACUUACGGAGGGACCCUCCAGCUUCAUGUUCAGCCGGACCUGUUGGAGAGGACUUAUUUCACUGGCAAGCAAGCAUCAUGGGACCGAAUGACAGCCCGUAUCAUGGAGGAGUGUUCUUCCUUUCUGUCCAUUUCCCCACUGACUAUCCUUUUAAACCACCAAAGAUUGCCUUUACGACAAGAAUCUAUCACCCAAACAUAAACAGCAAUGGUAGCAUCUGCCUGGACAUCUUGAGGUCACAGUGGUCACCUGCACUUACAGUAUCAAAAGUUUUAUUAUCCAUAUGCUCUUUGCUAUGUGACCCAAAUCCAGACGAUCCACUAGUGCCAGACAUUGCACACAUCUACAAAUCAGACAGACAAAAGUACAACAAAGUAGCCAGAGAAUGGACUCAGAAGUAUGCAAUGUGAGGCUUCCCUGAACACCUCAAAAAAGUGACAGUACUGUUUCAACUGCUCAUCCACACUGGUUCUAGUUGAGGUGUUUUAUUCGCUUGAGGCACUUUCUCUACUCGGACUUUACUUGACUUAACUGUUUUUACUGUUUAUUUUAUUUUUCUCUUAAAUUGGCAUUAUUAUUAUUAUUAUUAUAAUUAUUAGUUGUGGUGAGAUGGCCUGAUGGUCUAUUUUUCUUUUAAUAGAUUGUACAAGACUAUACUGGAUUUAUUUUUCAUCAUUUUGCAUUAAAAACAUUAAUCAAAAAGUGAAUUGUAAACUGUUUCUUGGCAAUACACAUGAGUAAACUGAAGUUCUGACCUACCUUGCUGUGGCAUAAAAUACU